AAAAAUUGCGAGAACUUCGUCUCAUCUACAAAAACAAAUCUGCUAAUAGCAGAAUCGAAAUUCACCUUCACUCUCCGAUCACCUCAGCAACCUUUCUCUUCUUCCUCUCUCAGAUUCAUAGCAAUGAGCUGGUGGUGGGCUGGAGCUAUAGGUGCUGCAAAGAAGAAGUUCGAUGAAGACGAAGCGCCGCGAAGCUUCCAGAGCGUGGGAUUGGUCAUCGGUGUCACCGGCAUCGUCGGCAACAGCCUCGCCGAGAUUCUACCUCUCGCCGACACCCCCGGUGGUCCAUGGAAAGUCUACGGCGUCGCACGCCGGCCACGACCGUCGUGGAACGCCGAUCACCCCGUCGAAUACAUCCAGUGCGAUAUCUCCGAUCCCAACGACGCCCAAGCCAAACUCUCCGUCUUGACGGACGUCACCCACAUCUUCUACGUUUCCUGGACCAACCGACCCACCGAGGCCGCAAAUUGCGAAGUUAACGGCGCUAUGUUACGGAACGUCCUGCGCGCCGUUAUCCCAAACGCCCCCAAUCUCCGCCACGUGUCCCUUCAGACAGGUGGCAAACACUACCUAGGACCCUUCGAGCUUAUCGGAAAGAUCAAAAGCCACGAGCCACCGUUCACAGAGGAUCUACCGCGUUUGGAUGCACCGAAUUUCUAUUACACUCAGGAGGAUAUUCUGUUCGAGGAGACCGAAAAGAAAGAGGGUUUAUCGUGGUCCGUUCACAGACCCCAAGUGAUCUUCGGAUUCUCUCCUUAUAGCUUGAUGAAUCUGGUGGGAACGGUUUGCGUUUACGCUGCUAUUUGCAAGCACGAGGGUGUUCCCUUGAGAUUCCCCGGAACUAAAGGCUCGUGGGAGUCUUACUCUGUUGCUUCCGAUGCGGAUUUGAUUGCCGAACAACACAUUUGGGCUGCGGUGGAUCCCUAUGCUAGGAACGAGGCUUUCAAUUGCAACAACGGUGAUGUGUUCAGAUGGAAGCAUCUUUGGAAGGUUUUGGCGGAACAGUUUGGGAUUGAGGAUUAUGGGUUUGAAGAGGGUUCGAAUUUGAGGUUGUCUGAGUUAAUGAAGGAUAAGGGUUCUGUGUGGGAUGAGAUUGUGAGGGAGAAUCAGCUUCAGCCUACUAAAUUGGAAGAGGUUGGUGAUUGGUGGUUUGCGGAUCUCAUUUUUGGAGGGGAGGGUGUGUUAGAUAGCAUGAACAAAGCCAAAGAGCAUGGAUUUUUGGGGUUCAGAAACUCUAGGAGUUCCUUCAUUACUUGGAUAGAUAAGACCAGAGCUUACAAGAUUGUGCCUUGAAGUUCAAUCCUCUUCCUGGUCUUGGUUAUUUUGUCGUGUGGGUCUAUUUCUGCUUUUAUUAUUUUUCCUUAUUUAUAUGAAAUAAAUUAAAUGAAACUCGAGGGUAUGAGUGCUCUAACGAAAGAGAUUUAUGUUUUCUAUUCUGUUUCUAUUUUGUAAUAAUGCUGCACUGGGAUUUAGUUACGUGUUUUGAGAACAAAUGUUGUUCCUGCGAUCCUCAGUUCUUGUAUCUACAAAAAGAGGAAGCAAAACUACAUUGAAAGAAACGCAAAUACCACAAUUUCCGGAGAGGUGGCUCAUAUUUCUUCCACUUAUAUCUUCUUCACUAAAGAAGGAUUUGUAAUUUAAUGGAUAAACGUCAUGAUACAAGUUGAUUGACUGCUAGUCUAAGACAAGAAAAAUCGACGAUUGGCCAUAAUACACUGAGUCAAUUGUCGUAUUUGAGGUAGUUGCUUUGCAUAAACAUAUUUUUGAUAAUUUUUUGUUCGUAAAUGACCAAAAUAAUGGUUGCCGUGUACUGCAGACUGCUCUGGAAAGUGAUAUUAAUCACGAAAAAAAUAUUGAGUGAUAAUCUUGGGGGUGUGUAUAUAUAUAUAUAUAUAUAUAUAUAUGCUGAUACAACGAAUAAUUAGUGGGAGAGAGAAAAUAUUUGAGAACGAUAGAAGAGUGUUUCUAGUUUGUUCCUAGAAUAAUUGAGAUUUGAUUGAAGCAAGCCUGAUUUGGAAUUAUCCUUUACGCGUUCCCGCAAAAUCGGGUUCCAUGAAGGGGUACUGGAUCAAAGAUGCAGAUCGCGUUGGCCUGAGAUUGCCUUGUUUAAUCCAUCUUCAAGUUGGUCACGCAUUGAACUUUAGUCCUUCGUGAAAGCUGGAUUGACAGACAAGUACAUGUUGCAUUGAUAUCUUGUCACAAAUAAAUUAGAUUUUUGUUAAUUUUGAUGCUUCCCCGUCACGGGUUUGGAUGACUUGUGUUUUCUAGGACUGUCCCCCCAAAAAAAAAUGUAUUCAAUUUAUUCGAUGAGAUGUUAGAAAGGAACAUAAACAUAUAGAUACCACU